ACAACGGCGAAAAGCUCGCUCCCCAGUCAAACACGAUGAGGGCGCACGACGCGCAACUCGCUCCAAGCCUCUCCAACGGCGGCCGAGUUUGUCCCCCAGGACGAUUCGUAGCAUGCGUCUGCGCGCCAGCCGGAGGGAGAGGGACCACGGGAAUAUAACUUGACUGCCCACGGAGUUUGUUAGUAUUUUUGGCGGGGAGAAAUCAUGCCUUUCUGCAAGCGGACGAUACUUCCGAAAGAUGUGUGCAAGCCCGACGGCGGGAGGCUGCCGGAGGCGCGUCCGCGGCCGCGGCCGCGGCAGGCGGAGAUUUUCCGCGACUUGGUGGACGUGUGCGACUUCACCCUGUGCUCGGUGCUCCGGCAGCUCUCGGAUCUGUCCCGGCACUCGGUGAGCAUCCUGGAGGAGCUGGAGGGGGAGCUGGUGUCCAUCUGCCGCCGGUCCGGUGCGCUGGAGGGCAGAGUGGUCCGGCUGCAGAGGCACGUCGCAGAGCUGGUCAGCAAGCCCCCGCCGAGAAGGCUGUUAUGGACAAAAGGCUGGCUGUCAACACCAACACGCUUUACGUCGGCCAAGGCAUGCUGUAAUGGGGGACGCAAUCACUUCCAGAUGACGGACAGAGGGGAGUCCACAAGCGGUCUAGAGGCGGAGAGUGGCAGGCGUGGCGGCAGCAGCAACAGCAGCCACGGCGACGGCAACCACAGCAGCAGCGGCGGCGGCGGCGGCGCGGCCCACUUCAGGUCUCCAUGGCAACAGAGCGUGAACGUGUUCGGCUCAUGGAGCAGGCCGGAGUGUGUCGAGGAGCUGCACCAGCAGGCGCAGCUCAACCUCCAGAGCCUGCUGCAAGACUUUGAGGAGCAGUUGUACGACACCAAGCUGACCGGUCAGACUUUCCGGCAUCCGUCCUCGCAGAGCUCUGACGACACGUCCACCUCGCUCAGCCGCUCGCCCGUCUCCCUCAGCAACAAGAGACCUGACUUCAUCUUUCUGCCGGCCUCCAAACAGCUCUACGAAGAUGAAACCACCUCCUCGGUGUUUGGUCUGAGAUCGGUGACUGACCCGUCUCCCUCGCCGUCCCCGUCCCCCUGCGGCUCAGAUCGCCCCCCUCUGGGCUGGAGCAGUAACAACAGCAGCAGCAGCACCGCCACGUCUGCUAACACCGGACCGCCUGUCGCAGAGAAACCCCGCUGGCACCUGGGGAGACGCACACCGGCUCACUUCAUACCACUCGACAUCACAGGUGAAGGAGGAGGAGGGAAAUUCCACGGCGUCGACCUCCUCCAGCACUCCCUGUCCCCCUCUCCAGGGGACCACUCUCCCCACCAGCCCCACUCCCUGGAGCCUGUCACCGACACCCCCCACCAGAACCUCCCCCUGAGGAAGACACACUCUGACCUCGACACAACCUUACCUGCAGAUAAUACCUUAGAGCAGCGUGCCCCAAACCAACUUCACCCAGGCACUAUGGACCACUCUGGGCUGCUGUGCUCAAACACACCCUCCACUUCCUGGAACGGACCUAAGGGCUCCACCUUUUCUCCCGGAGCGUGGAAUGAGCCUUACAAUUACAGCAUGAACAAAGGCCCAGCAGUUCCUCCCAAGCAGCACAGCAUCAUCGGUAAUGCAGGAGGCGGGACACAGGACAGGGUGAUGCUGGUGAGCUCAGGACAGACGUUGAGCUCACAUUCCAGUUCAUUCACGUCUGUGGCAGACCCUUUGGGGAGAGGAGGGAAUAUCAUGCCAGGGAUUUCGCUGGCAGCGGUAAUGAUGGGGAAGCGGAGCGAGACGGAAGGGGCUGCAGCGGAUGGAGGGAGAGGAGGAGGAGGGGGGGGAGUUGGGGAGGCAGGGAGAGGGAGGGAGAGGUCAGCACGUUCCAUAGCAGCACAGAACGCCUUCAAGUUCCGUGAGCGGUCCCUCUCCACGCCCACGGACUCUGGUUCCUUCUGCUUCACAGAAGGUGGUAUAGGCCAACCAGAUGGGAAUAUCAUGGCUACGGGGAACGGGAAUCCUUUGGCAAUAACAGACCACCACCAACAGCAUCACCACUUCCUGGGUUUGGGGGAAAACUAUGCCCUCCUCUACCCUAGAGGGAGCUCCGAAGACAGUGCCAGUACCACCGAUACAAUCUCUGUCACAGCUUCGGACUACAGCGCCGAUAGCCGCUUGCGCCUACGCUCCCGCUCCAUCUCACUUAAAAAAUCCAAGCGCAAGCCACCGCCUCCUGUGAGGAGCGUCUCUCUAAUGAAGAAUCUUGGAGAAGCCGAGGGAAGAAUCCACCAUGACAGUGGUCUUUACCGGGAUGGCCGGCCGAAGAGCCUGCACAUCCCCAGGGACCACUUCCCAGACUUCCAGCCUGAUUUUCUCCUGCCCAGUUCAUCUAGCUCCUCGAAACCCAGUGUUACUGAGAGGGAGCUGGGCCAUGGAGGCAGCGACGGACCUCCAAGCCUGGAGAUUCAGGCACCAGAGAGGGAGGGAGAGACAGAGCUGACCUUCCCCACUCACUGGCAGCUGGGGGAGUGGAAGAAUGACCCCUACAGGUCUCUAUCAGGCUCCAGCACAGCAACGGGGACUACAGUGAUUGAAUGUAUGAAAGUCAGAGGCAGCUCCGAGUCCCUUCUUGACUCUCCCUCCACCUCCAGAGCCACCUCACCCUCACAGCUCUCGAUGGAAACUGACAUCAAGGCAUCCUCACCCUUCAAACCCCCAGGACUUAUGUCACCAUCAAGUGGCUAUUCCAGCCAGUCAGAGACUCCCACCCCAACUGUUCCACUCAGUCAAGUGGCAGGUCAGGGGACAAUAGGGACAUCAGGGUGUAAGAUGCGCCCAAAGAUCCCAGAAAGGAAAUCAUCGCUACCAUCACCCAAGGACCCAGCUGCAAGGUCUAGAUUAUCCUUUGAGAUGCCUGGGAAUGCACAUCUGGAGCUGUCAUCAAUCAAGCCAAAGCAAAAGGCCAGUAGACGGCAUUCUGACACCUCGACAGCUGCAAAACCAGGAAAAAUCAGCCCUAGUUCUUCACAGGCACUGCCUGUGGUUACCCAGAAUGAGCUGAAAACUGUUCGGCUUCGCUCUGUCUCUCGUGGUGACCUAGAGGACUUCCCUGAUGGUGCGUCUGACACCAUUGAAGAAGAACAGCACGGCCGAGACAUAGGUGAAGUCCCAAGCCCUCCGCCCACUCUACCAAAACCCAAACCACCCGUCGCUGUCAAGCCCCCCUUGCCCAAGCGGCCCAUUAACCUCCUCCUGAAGUCUCCUUCCCCCUCCUCUACUUCCCCCCUUGCCCUUGACUCACCCCCUGCCUCACCCGUGGACCGGCCUGUGCCCCUCGGCAACAUCUACAAAGUCAUGAAAAAACCCAAACCCAAAAAACCUCCACUGCAAACUUCAAUAAGUCCGUCUGUUCUCCCAGAUUCAAAUUCCUCCACCAUCUCCCAAACUGCCUAUGAUCAUCCAUUCGUCCCCCACUCCCAGUCCCUCUUUGAUCUCCCGCCUCUCCCGGACCCCCAGCCUCUCCUGGAGGACCCAGCGUUAGAGCCUGAAUUAGAGGCCAACCCAGAGAUCCGGCUUGGACCCGAGGAUGGAGGCUCACUCCCUUCUCCCUGCAGUAGCCAGGAGGCCCCGGUGCUACAGGACAAGAGCAAGACACUUCCCUCAAGGAUGACAAUCUCCUGUCUGGUAGACCUGUCAGACAAAAAGAAACCCAAGGUUCCACCUCCAGUCCCCAAGAAGCCAAAUGUUCUGCUUCUUCCCACGUCAGUCCACUCCUCCACUAAUGGCAGCACAGAUCGACAGACGCCGCAGACUGACAGUCCUGUGGGCCUUCAGUCUCCUGUUGGAGUGUUCCCACCAGAUGAUAUUCCCAGUUCUUCUAGUGUACCAGAUAUGCCAGAGGAAAAUGAGAACCACUUGGGAACAGACGAUGAGAGUUCUAAAGAUUCGUCACUUCAGUCAUCUCUGCAGGAUUCCUCUCUCACAGAGCUGGAAGGGAAGAUGGCCAGCACUAGAAUUGGGGCAGAUGACUCCAAUGAGAAGACAGUACUCCACAUCGCAGAGGAAACAGAUGAUGAUUUGUUGGCCAGCACACCUACAACACACACCACCGAAGACCUUUUCACGAUUAUACACAGGUCCAAGCGAAAGGUUCUGGGUCGUAAGGAGCCAUCUGACUCCUUUGGGAGCCGCCAGAGCCUGGUAUCCCCAGUGAAGCACAGCACCAGCGGUAGCGACCUCCGAAACCUGACCUUAGGCAGCAGUCAGAGGUCAAGCUCCCGCAAUGAGAACUUCAUGGCCCUGCUUCAGAAGAAAGGCAGUAAGUCUUCCAGUGGAGGGGCCAGAGUUUCCGCCAUGGAGCUGCUCAAAAGCACAAACCCUCUGGCACGACGGGUUACAGAGUUCUCAACCACCACACCGACGACCGCCGAAGGAGGAGAGGCAGCAUCUGGGAACAGCAAACCCAAUGAUCAAUGAACAGAAGUAUCGUUAACAGAUGAUAACCAGGCCCGUUUGCUGUCGACAAACCAAUUCUACAAUGUGCCACCCACUGCAGAUGGGGCCUUCUGACUGACAUGUCCAACCAGAUCGCUCCAGCUACUGAUUGACAAUUUGCACUGUCCAAUCAAAUUGGAGCAUACUUUUGGACAAAAUUGACCCUCCCAUGGUUGGAGCGCUAUUGUUCCCUGUCAAACUGGUCCCUCUAAGAAAGCGAGAGAGCUGUGGAGAACAAAGUUUGUUCUCACUAUAAUUUCAAUGAAAGGUUGAUGCUUUGAGGUCAUGCCUCAACACUGCACCAUGUUUUCCUCAUUGGGAAUUUUUUUAGUGUGGAGGCUGGAUGGACUGAUGGUUGAGUGGAGCAGAGGCUGGAAAUAUGAGGUUAUAAAGUGGAUAUCGUUACUCCUAGCUCCUUCUGGAUGAUGACAACAAGAGUCCUUGAUGAUGACAAUGGUUACUGUAUCGGAAUCUGUAACCAGUUAUACUGAUUCGCUAGGAUACCACAGAGGAUCAGUAAUCAAAUUAAUUAAAGAAAUAAAUGGAACAAGAUACAGAAGACGUAAAACUUUCAAAUGAUUCAUCUAUGAACCAAAACCCUCCAGCCAGUAGCACUACAGCACCGACACCUGUAGACCUGCAUGAAAUUAAGGGUAGAUUAUUAAUGGUGUGAUGAGGCACCUGGGAAAGCGAACAUUCCCAAAACCUUUCACAUCAUGGCUCUGUCUUCUCUCUAUGGUAAAGGCAAUGGCAUCGGCGCGGUCAUCUUCAAGAGACAGAACAUUCUGGUUUCAGCAGAUGAAGUGGAACACUGACAAAGAGAAACCACAUGGGGGCUUUUUGCCACCAAAGGGGAGGCAUGAGCAUGUCACAGAUUUUGUUGCUCAUGCUAUGACCAUAAAAGUGGACCUUCACAAAACAUUCCACAGAGGCACCCAGCAAACGGAAAACAUUCUGGAACACAAGCACUUUUUUUCUUUGGCGUUGGAGGUCGUUUACACGGCGCAGCCUUUGCGUCACUACAUUUUGUUCUCGAGACACUCGUCAGUCAUUUUUUCAGUCUUUGUUUAGAUGGGUUUUUUUGCAUAUAUUUUUUCCUACACAUGCUAGAUGGCCAUAUACUGUACAUGCAUUGGAUUGUGCUGUAUGUAUCAUGUACAAAGAUAAAUGUUAUGCAUCUAUCAACGAAGAUCAUUUGCGGGCAAGACUGAAAAUAGUGUACAGAGCAGCAAACAGUUUGAACUAAGAACUGCCCACACCAUGGAGGGAAAACACACUGAAAUACACACACACGGACUAUGGAGUAAUGCCAUGGAAGGCAAACAGACCUAUCUACACAGGUGUGUGUGUGUGUGUGUCCAUACGAGUGUGUGCACAGAUGAAAUCAUGCCUGUGGAGUUUCUGUACGGAGAGUAUGAAGCAGGCCUGGUUAUUAAACAGAGUUUUUACAAAUUUUGGUCUCUGGUGAUGGGACCAAAGGACAAAUACAAACUAAAAACCGACCAGAGGGGACCUAGUGGUGCAUAUGUGUUUGUUUGCACUUGUCUGCGUGUGUUCAUGUGUGUGUAUAGAAGGAAGUGCCAAGAACAAAGAAGAAGAAAGGAGAGAGUGCAUGUCCGUGUCCCUUUUUAAUGUCUCUGGCAUUUUUGUGCGCGUCCUCACUACGUGGGCGUAUUCGGACUCGCACAUAUUUGGGAAUCGGAUGUGUGCGUGUGUGUGUGUGUGUGUGUGUGUGUGUGUGUGUGUGUGUGUGUUUGUGAUUGUGUGUGCAUCAUCACCCUGUACCCUGACCCACACAUUUCUUGGGAUAGGAUUAGAACGACCUAAGCACCCCCUCCCCCCCUUCAUCCUUGCAUUAUGGAACCAUAAAGAUUGUGGAACCCAAAGGGAAUCUGGAACCAAAAGGAUUCCGGAAUCAAGAGGAUUUGGGAACCGUUGGAUUACGGAAGCAAACGUAUUCCAGAACCCAGAGGAUUCUGGAAUGAUUGGCAGAGUUUGGAAUUCUGGAAUGAGGGAGUCUUGUGACAUUAGCCUCUACAGCUGCGGCCAGAGCAUUGGGAGUCUUGUUAAAAAUUCCAUCCACAGUGUUGCAGAGUGACGCUACAGGGGCGAAUAGUUUUUCUAUGUUUUGCCCUCUUCCGUGCACAUUUCCACACUCCACCUCUUUGGUCUCAGAGGGGAGGUGGUGGUCUGCGCUCCUCCUCCUCCUCCUCCUCCUCCACCUUCUCCUCCUGCUCGCCCCUCACUCUUCUCCUCCUUUCAUCACUGCUGGAGCACACACUCCAUCAGACUUUCUGCAUAUAGCAUCAUCUCUCUCUUUUUCCCCGCUGCAACCUCUCUUCCGGCAUAUAGCACACAGUCUCCUUCUCUUUCUUACUCUAUAGACUUCAACAUCUCUCUGUUUUUGCACGUAGCAACACCUCUCUAUCCCUGUCUCUAAAUAUUUACCUUCCUCUGCCUUCCCUUUUUAACCUUCUCUCCAUCCUGUCCUCCCUCCUUGACCCUCUCCCAUUUUCCGUUAACCUUCCCUUGUCUCGUAUCUCUUUCCUCUCUCCUCCUCCUCUUCACCUCUCUCUGCAUUCAGUCUAUGCAUCUGAGCUCAGCAGACGACGCGACACCAGAUGAAUGUCAAUGAAUGACUGUUAAGAAAAUAGAUGCUGUGCUUAGCUUGAGAGUGCAUAAAACAUCUUUCUAUUGACGCUUAUCUUCUGCCUUCUCUCUUUCUCGAUCAUUGAGUUUUUAUACUUUUUCUUUACCUUCCUUUACAGUGUCCAUGUAAGAUGGAAUUAACAUGGAUGGAUGAAUGAAUGAAUGAAUGGAUAGGAUCUGUGCACAAACAGAGAUACAGGCAGGAUUUGAAUGUGUUUUUGCUUAAAGGACCUUGACUCUCGGAUUGUGAGUAAAACGCCCUGUGGUCUUUGAUCCUGGACCGACCCUCAGCUCUGGAUCACUGUGUGGACGGUCUGAUCGUUUUGGAUUAGCAAAGGUUCAUCUCUGACACCUGACUUAUCCCCUGCAUCAAUGGACCACGUAGAGGGAGGAGGGAACCUUUCGUCGCCUGAAUCCCAGGCGGCAAACUAUCCCUCGGUGCUAUUGAGUCAGAGCUCCCCCUAGUGGAUGGAAAUACACACAACAACAGGAGAGUAAAAAAAAACAAAAAAAAACUCCGUCACACACAUCCUACAACAGUCCUUCAGGUAUUCCAUCGUCCUGAAAAAAAAAAGAUGAGAAAUUUAAAAAUGCAUAAAUUAUCACCAUUUAUGAUGACUAGUCAAGUGACGCUUGUUUUAAAUAUUUAGUGAAUGAAAAAAGAUAAACCUAUAAAACUCUGUGUUUGUUUGCCUUGUAUACUGAAUUAUGGGCGUGUUGCUGCAGCGCCUUGCGUGUUUUUUUUUAUUUUAUAAUUGUUACUUUUUUUUUAUUUCAGCUGCCUUGGUAGUGCACAACACAAACAAAACCUUUGCUAAAUUUGGCCAAAAUAACAGAAAAAGUGUCAAAGGGAGCGUUUAUGUUAAAUCUGAAUCUGACCAGAAAGGCAAAGUUUAGAAAUCUGGUGUUACUACCGAUGCAUCGAGGGACUCAGAUAUUCUGAGUCUUUACCAAAUGAGUAGUUGCAAAAAAAUCGGCAUUCGUAUGCAGGUAUACAGAGUCUGGCAGUUUAGUGAUAUUUUUUCCCUCAGAGCGAUCACAUAUGUGAGAUCAGAUGGGGGAAGGUGGAAAGGGUGGAAGGGAAGAAGAGAAGGCCGCAGCGAGACAAACCUCAUUCGGACCCAGCGCCACAGAUCUUGUCUAAAAUAUAGGAACAGAGAAGACAGAUACAGGCAGAGUGUGAGGAGAGAGCAGAUGUGUUGUUUCCACGCAGCAACGACGGCAACAGUUUCUUGUUAAAAAGUCUUAUGUGGUGUGUAAACAAGGCGCGCACACACCUCUAAAUAUAGUGUGAAAGGGUGGGUUGUCAGAGAUGAUGUUGCAGUUUCAUCGUGUUCAGGAUCAACAAACCGUAGUGUUGUUGUAUUUGUUCCUGCGUAGUCAGAGGGCAGAUAUCUUCAACACACUUGGUUUGACCGUUGUCAAUAGGGAGGGGUAGCAAGGAGAGGUACAAACAAACAAAGAAACAUAUGGGUACACUGGUCAAAAAGGGUUCUAUCCCUUCUGUAGGGAUACACGUAGUUCUUUUUUGCAGUUUUUACAAAUAUUUCUCAGUAACUGAGCGGCUACAGAGGCAGAAAUAAUCUCAUUGGUUGGUUAAUCGUUAAUGGGCGGAGCCAAAGAGCCUUACUGCCAACCGGGGUCCAUAUUCUUGCAACGUUUUAGUUCUUCUGAAAGGCAACUAACAGCAAGUUUACCGUCAACGGGAGCAAUAUGUUAUCCCUCAUCUCUUUCCAUCCGCAGCAUGGGAAAAUCCGGUUCCUUUUUUUCCACCCGUGGGGGGGUUCAACAGUCAAUGAAAUUAUUCCUGCAGACAGAGCUGCUCCGCCUCCAAGAAACUUCUGUAGAACUAUAUUACCAAUCGCUAAAAUAUGCUGACAAUAUAUUAUAUUGAAAAUGACAUUUCUAUAAAGUGUGAAAACAGAGCUGACAAGAGGAAUAUAUUGAAUAUUUAAUCCAUUAUCCCGUCUUUAGGAGGACAAGAAGGGAAGCGAGGAAGGAAGGGAAAUGAGGUUGUGGAGCAGAGGUUUGUUUCUGCUGAAUACGGGGAUUACUACGCUGAAAUUUAUACGUAUUCCGUCAUCUCUUCCUUCACUUCCUCUCUAGCUUCUUCUCAGCUGUCGUGUGACUCAGAUGAGUAAUCACAUUAAAAGCUUUUCCCUCUCUCUCUCUCUCUCUUUCCUCCCUGCUAAGUGAUAAAAGGUAUGGGACGGCAGGAAAGGAUUGACUGCUGCAAUCAUUCGUUAAUCUGGUUUCAUUGUACAAUCAGCCCGAUAGCAACCUGUUGCUAAGACACACAAAUCAAAGCCGCGUGGAAAUGUUAAAAAGUUAAGUUGGAGACUUGGCAGGUAUCACAGUUUAUCUGAGUAAGCUAAACAACGCUGAAUUUGUGUGAUAGUGUGUUUACAGCAAUUUGUAAAGUAUAAUGAAUAGAGAUGGGGACCACAUGCCAAACCAGCUUAAACAAAUCAAACAUCCCCUUUAGACCUCAGACCAAAAAAAAUCAACCACAAGACAUCCAAGUAUUUUCCAAGAACUUGCAAAUAUAAUUUGUCACUAACAAAAAAAACAGUUACUACAGAUGUUAAAGGUAUUAUUUUACCGCUCUGUAGUAGCUUUGGUCCACAUUUAACAAAACCGUCAGAGCAGAAAUCUGACCGGAGAACCUGAGAAAGUAAGAGUGAACUGCACUUUUAAAAAAGUUCGGGUUGUUUUUAACAAAUGUUUGUCUUUACUGAGGGACAUUCACCACCCGCAUGUGCCACUAAAAACACAUGGAAUCAUUACCUGCAUCAGCUGAGCAUGGGAAAGCAAAAGUUCAGGGUACGAGUAGGAGUCCUGCUACCUGACACGAACCUGACAGGUCCUGACAGAGUAUCAGAUUUUGGGUCCGUUUCGGCCCAUUAGGGUGCUUUGCACUCGUAUUGGUUGCCAGUGGGUUUCAUUAGCCAGCUGAGAUAAUGGUCGGUCUUGGAUUAAAUAAAGCAAAAAGUACAGCUUUGAGUGUAGGCUCGGGUUUGGGUAUUAAAUUUGGUAGGACUGGUCGGCUUCGGGUCUCAGUUUUAGGCCCAUGCAGAGCUCUAGCUUAUCAUAACCUACCAGUACAGUGAUCUAACAAAACAAAAACAAAAAACCCAAUCUGGAUGCGUAGCUUUGUUGGGAAUUACUGAGGUUUGCCUAUUUUGGCUGUAGCUCAACAUUAUACAGCGGCAGUCCUCUCGAAGUCCCAAAACAUUACAUUUGAAAAACUCUGAAAGCAACAUGUCGCUCCAGUUUCAGUGGCUCAGUCGUUUUAGUCCACAGACCUCACAGUUUACAGUUUUGCCGAGAGCCGUUUUCUGCCAAGCAUCCACCACAUGACUGUACCCAUGAGAGAGAAAAGAAGCCUGCUCAGAAGAGGUUCUCUGGGGUGUCGUGAGCAAUCCUGUCAUCAUAUUUGGAAAUUUUAGUUGUAAUUUUUUGGCACUUUGGGCAGAAACAAACCCAAUCCUCAUGGAGAUUCACUGACUUUUGGUAAGCUGCAGUGGGUAUUUCACAACCUGUGUAAGUCACAUAUGGAACGGGAUUUUUAAUGGCUUUGUUGUGUUUUAUGGUGAACUGUACCUUAUGAAACUUGCUGAAAAUUGCACCCUUUGUUUUUUUUUCAAGAGUGUGGUCUGUGUCCCAGGUGUUACUUUGGUCAGUAACUCGGGGUGGCAUGGGUUACUAACUUUUUAUUUGUGUGGUCCAGCUUUAUGAGAGAGCGAUAGAGGGUGAAAAAGCCACAGAGGGAGAGGUAAUGGCUGCGGAUUUGGGCCAAAGAGCAUCGUGCGUUUCUUUUAGGUGUGCCAGAGGGGUGAGGUUUACUGUGUUUGUACAUUUCAGGGGUACUAUUGAGUGGGCAUGCUGCCCCAUCUCAAAAACUGAUGUCCUAUGGUGAUAAACCCCACCCUGCUGCCACUCUAAACAGAGUAAAACAAAGCCCCCAAGCCCAGUUUCAAACCCCAGUGUUGGGGGCUGUACAGGCAGCUUAUAAAGACACAGAGAUGAUAAUUAGAGAGACACGGAGAAAGAGACAGACAGAGUUAUUGGAAUUAUUCUAUUUUUGUUAUUCCUCAUUGAAAAAAGACAUAUUUAAAGGAAUAUUCCAUGUAUGUAUUGAAUAACCUCUGUUUCCCUGCCCCAUCCAGUGGUGUGAUCUGUAGCUGCGAGGUGGCGUCACACACAAACGCUUCCCUCUGCAGCUAUGCAAUGCCAGUGUGAUGAAAUUAUU